UUCCUCGCAGGGGCUCAGUCCUCAAAAGACCCCUCCCUUCAUUAGCUCGUCGGCAGUAACAUCCAUCUACGGAUAUGAUAGCGCGAGCAUACAUACUUCGUACAAUCCCGUGCAAUGGCCGUGGUCGAAAUAUUUAUGUAAUCCGGUCGACGUCUCAAAUAACUUUACUCGACAACUCACUAACUUCAAAAGUCGUCAUGUUAUCAUAACUAAUCAGAUUUCAAUCCUAUCUCCGUAUACAGAUAAUAACCUGCGCUUCGAUACGACGAUAUUCGGUAUUGCCAAGACUAUUUAAUAAAGGUUUAAGAGGAUUAGACGGCAUCCCGGAAGGAGGAAUCAUGUCCGUGGCACCGGGUCAAUACUGGAAUCUGAUUGAGCGAAGUCAACCUCCGGUCAAACGGCGAACCAACCACACGAAAGUGCGCACCGGGUGCGUUACAUGCAAGAACCGGCGAGUAAAAUGCGAUGAAAGGAAGCCGUUGUGCGGUCGCUGCGAGAAGGCAGGGUUCCUAUGCGCCGGGUAUGAAGGCCCUAAUUCCAGGCGCGGAAGAGAACCCCCGGAAAAGUCCAAGAAAUUGACGGGGCCUGCUGCGCUGCGGCCUAAGUCCCUACAACCCCGGAUCGUCGAUGUAACGAAAGAAAUACCGAUCAUAGACUUUUUGCUACCUCCGUCGCUAACACCCAAUUAUCUGGACCGUCGCGAUGCUCAGUACUUCGAACGCUUCCGAUCACAGAUAACAAUGGACAUAUCGAUUUGGUGUGGAGGUGAGUAUUGGAAGCGCAUACUCUGCGAAGUAUUGGAGGAUGAUUGUAUACGGUACGCUGCGCUGGCUCUGGCGGCUAUGCUGCUAGCGGCAGAGCGGUGCUCGGAUAUCGCCAAUCGAUCGCCUGGCCGAUUGACACAAUGUCACGAGGGACAAGCAGCGCUUCGGUACUAUAUGAAGGCUAUCUCCUUAUGUCGAAAGCAACUGAUAGGCGGAAUUACUAAGGAAGCCAUCCGAUCGAACCUAACAUCCACCUUCUUUUUCGCCAUAUUAGAGAUUUUGCAGGGAAAUAUAGCCACAGCAGAUCAGAUCAUGGUUAAUGGCGCGAUAUUGAUACGAGACGCGAUGAAAGCGAAGGCGCCGAGUGGUCGACCUACCCUAGUUUGGGAUCAGCAAUUGAUUGGUAUGAAAUCGGGCUUCGACAAGCUAACCAUAAUGUGGGGAUUAUCUCCUUUCUUCCAUGGACAGAGAGAAGUCUGUGCCCUGAUGAUGCCGGAGGAGCGGCUUUCGCAGGUACCAGAUGAAUACGCGACCGUAUCUCACGUGCGGAAUUGUUGGUUGACAUUUCAAAAUGACGUGGGACUGUUCAUGAUGGGCGUUCGUUGCGGAAAGAUCGUCUCUGCAGAGAACAUGGAGAAGGCGAUAUCACAAAAGUCAAAAUUCUUGGCCCAACUCCGUCGAUGGAUGCCGCUACUAGAUUCCCUAUUAGAGAGGGAAGAAAAUACCCCGAACCUUUAUCCGCUGAGCAUAAUGAAGGCCUCUGCCUUAACCAGCACCAUCUUCUUAUCCUGCUUUCUCGACCGAUCCGAUGUUUCAUACGAUCUACAUCUUCAAAGCUUCAUCGAAAUCAUACAUAUCUGCCAGAGAUUCAUCCCCGACAAACCGCCGACACACUUGAAAUUCUCGCUCGAUAUCGACCUAUUCCCCGUCGUCUCAUUUACUGUCACCAAGUGCCGAGACCAGAAGACGCGGCAGCUAGCUUUGAAGAUCUUCCACCAAAUGACGUAUGGACAAGUCUUCUGGAAUAACCAAGGGAUGUUAGGGUCAUUACAUGCUCUUGUUGACUUAGAGCACAAGGGAAGAGAUAAGAGAGGGUUCAUUCCUCCGUCUUCGCGGUAUUACUUCGUGGGCUCGGAAUGGGAUUUCGAGCAUCGCCAGAUGAUGGCAACGUUCGUCUCUGUAGUCACAAUUCCAACCGAAUCUGGGAACAUGCCUACAGUGCGUGUACCAAUAAGCUUUUAACGGAAACAUAAAAAAUCUAGAGUAUAAGGGCAACCUAGAUGCAUGUAAUUGAAUUUGUUGAGAAUGUCG